GUUUUCUGGACUGAUAGUCGCACGGCUGUGAUCCAUGUCUCCAGUUGUCAUCACACGGCACCGUCAUCGUCUUCCUUCUUCUCCUGUGUCGGCCAAAACCACAUUAAGCUACUGCUUAUAGAGAAGCUAAGAAUACAGUACAAAACUAUUCUGUGGAAUUGAAAGCAUCAUCAUUUAUGGCCAUGAACCAAGCGGCUGUGGUGAAGGUGGUUCUGGGGUUCAUGGCUCUGUGCUUGGCUGGCUACAUAUUGGGUCCUCCUCUCUACUGGCAUUUCAAGGAGGGCUUAGACGCCGUUAGUCACUCUUCCUCCGCUUGCUCUCCUUGCGUUUGUGAUUGCUCUUCUCAGCCUCUUCUCUCCAUCCCUCAAGGAUUGAGCAAUGCUUCCUUCGCAGAUUGUGCAAAGCGUGAUCCAGAGGUGAGUGAAGAUACAGAAAAGAACUUUGCAGAGCUACUGACAGAGGAACUGAAGCUGCGAGAGGCUGAAGCAUUAGAGAAUCAGCAGCGUGCUGACAUGGCUCUGCUUGAGGCUAAGAAGAUGACAUCCCAGUAUCAAAAGGAAGCAGACAAAUGCAAUUCUGGGAUGGAGACCUGUGAAGAAGCAAGGGAAAAAGCUGAAGCUGCAUUAGCAGCACAAAAGAAAUUGACAGCUAUGUGGGAGUCGAGAGCUCGUCAAAGAGGAUGGAAAGAAGGGAUUGCCAGGUCUCACUGACUCAGGGAAAAGUUGAGUCCUUGUAGUAUAUUCAUUGUGGCUUCAUAUAUAAAGAUAUUAUGUAUCCUAUGGUGCUCUGCUAUGCUAGUUAUGAUGAAAAUUCACAGAUCUCAUAGUGAAAUUGGCGUGGUACAAAAAUCUGAUUUACUUCUCAAUUUAGCAUUCAAGUAUAGAUAACUUUGUUGCUAGGAUGCCUUCUGAAGCAAAUAUGUUAAAAGGCCAAAUUUCUUAUGAUUUGCUACAAAUGUUUAGUGAUGUUUCUCUGGUAAAAUCUGGAAGUAGAAGGUGAUUUAUUUUUGUCAGAACUCAGAACGGACAAGAUACGUUAGUGAGCCAAGUAAUCAAGUUGUAUUUGAACAAAUUAAUUUCUUAUUAUUACUUAUUUUCCUAUCUCAUAUAAUGUGAAAUUCAUGUUUUUCAAUCUCCAAAA